UUCACCUUGUCCACAUUCUCUUUCCCCCUUUUUCUCCUCCACCUCUUUCUCUUCUCUUUCUCCAUUUGUUUGUCCUACUUCACUUUCUUCUUCUUCUGUUCCACCUCCACCUGUUUCUCCUCCUCCAUCUUCUUCCACCUCCACCUGUUUCUCCUCCUCCUCCAUCUUAUUUUUUUCUACCUCUUUUGGCUUCACCUCCACCUGUUUAUCCACUUCCACCUCUUUCUCCUUCUCCACCUUCUUCACUUCCUCCUCCACAUCUUCCUCCUCCUCCACCUGUUUCUCCUCCUCCUCUAUCUUCUUCACCUCCUCCUCCACCUCUUCUUCCUCUUCCACCCGUUUCUCCUGUUCCUCCACCUUAUUAUUUUCUACCUCUUUCUGCUUCACCUCCACCUGUUUCUCCACUUCCCACCUCUUCCUCCUCCUCCUCCACCUGUUUCUCCUCCUUCACCUCUUCCUCCUUCUCCACCUGUUUCUCCUCCUCCAUCUUCUUCACCUCUUCUUCCUCCUCCACCUGUUUCUCCUCCUCCUCUAUCUUCUUCACCUGCUCCUCCACCUCUUCUUCCUCCUCCUCCACCCGUUUCUCCUGUUCCCUCUCCACCUUCUUCUUCACUUCCCCCUCUACCUCUUUAUCCUCCUCCUCCUCCACUUGUUUCUCCUCCCCCUCCACCUUCUUCACCUCCUCCUCCACCCAUUUCUCAUGUUCCUCCACCUUGUUUUUCUCUACCUCUUUCAGUUCCUCCUCCACCUGUUUCUCCUCUUCCACCUCUUUCUCCUUCUUCACCUUCUCCUCCUCUUUCUCCUACUCCACUUUCUUCUUCUCCUCCACCCAUUUUUCCUGUUCCUCCACCUUAUUCUUUUCUACCUUUCUGCUUCACCUCCACCUGUUUCUCCACUUCCACCUCUUUCUCCUUCUCCACCUUUUACUUCACUUCCUUCUCCACCUCUUCCUCCUCCUCCACCUGUUUCUUCUCCCCCUCCACCUUCUUCACCUCCUCCUCCACCCAUUUCUCAUGUUCCUCCACCUUAUUUUUAUCUAUCUCUUUCAGUUCCUCCUCCACCUGUUUCUCCUCUUCCUCCUCUUUCUCCUACUCCACUUUCUUCUUCUUCUCCUCCACCUGUUUCUGCUCCUUCUCCACCUUCUUCCCUUCUUCCACCACUUUCUCCUUCUCCACCUCCUCCUUUAUCCUUUUCUCAUCCACUUGUUUAACCUCCAUCUGUUUCUUCUUCUCUACCUCUUUCUGCUGCUCCUCCACCUGUUUCUCCUCUUCCACAUCUUUCUCCUCCACCCGUUUUUCUUCUCUUUUUUAUCUUCCACUUGUGUCUCCUCCUCCACCUUUCUUCCACUCCACCUUCCUCCUCCUCCAUCUGUUUCUCCUCCUCCUCUACCUCAGACUCUCUCAUCUCUCCACCCAUCUGAGCGGCGCUCCAGCCUGAUGGCUAAUGAAGGAGCGCAAUUAGCGUCUUUUAAUAAAGGUUAAUUAUCUUCUCUCAGAAUAUGACUCACGCUGUUCCUUUCUGUGUGUCGUAAACAAGGAGGAAAGAUCAGACAUUACCGUGAUUAUAUGGGCCAUUCUGCUGGAUUAGUUCAAUCUGCAGUCAAAAGAAUGAUUAAAACACAAUUACCAAUUCAGAUGCGGAGUGUUUCCUCACAGAACGUUCUGGACUGCGACCCCCGGCAUUAACAGAGAUGACGAUAAUAAGCGUAAUAACACCACAUUACAGCACUUUCUAUUAAAGCCUGGAUGGAUCAAGUUAAAUGUUUAUUAUAAAUAUUUGACUACAGGUUACAGUUUUGCAUAUUAAAGCAACAAACACGAAUAGCAAACAUAUUAAACUGAAUUUAAAUUUAUAGUGAGUAAAAUGGGUUCACUUUAUUUUG